CAAAAGUUUUAUCAAUAUUGGUCUACAAUUCUCGAGCAAGAUCCAGAGUUUAAAAAAUAUAGAUUAAAAAUCAAACUUAAUACUAAACAUUGUUAUUCAUCGAAUACUCUCUUGGCUCGAUCGAAUAAUACAUAUCUAUAAAGUGAGAGUAGUCAAUUUUAAAUGUUUAUUUCUUUAUAUUUCUAUACAUUUAGAUAUUUCUAAUGCUUGAUUUUUAGCCAUCUAUUGCAAUUUAUACAUGUCAUUUUAUUCUUCUUUUUUUUUCUGCAUGUGUCUUAUUGUUAUGUUCUUAGUAUAGUUAAACUUUUUUGUCAAUAAUAUAUUACUAUAAAAUUUUAAUACAUUCUGAACUAUCACUCCUAUUGUCUUACUCACUUUAAAAAAUUCAUUAUUAUGAUCACUAAAGCGAUUGUUUUUUUAUUGUUGUAUUUCUUCUAGUUACUUUUUUCUUUAGAUGGUAUGAGAAAAUGUUGUUUUCUAUCUCAUAUAUUCACUAUAUUUCUUACUUUAUAUAGUAAUGUACUAGAAAUUUUUCGCUCUACAUAUUUUGUAUUAGUUUAGCGAGGCUAGAAAACAUACUUAAGUUCCACAUCUCAGCUUCAUUGAGGCUUCGCUAAUAAGUUUUUUUUCUUAGAUAGUAAUAUUGAUAAUAUACACUAUAAUAAAGGUUCAAACAAAAUGUCAAGUUCAAAUGCUCAAGCUGGUUGGUAUGAACUACCUUCACAAACACAAAUAUUCAUUGGACAAAAACAAAACUUUGAGAAUAACAAGAAGGAACUAAAGAAGAAGAAAAAAUCCCGUGGUAAUCGGCGACUCCAACGCUAUAGCAGGGAAUGUCGAGCACGAGGAAUGAACGAUCAAACCGUAAAAAUAUUAUUGACAAUGCAUCAAAUCAAUAAUUUCAUUCAUCAAACUCAUCGGGAAACAGACCACGAUAAAAUGAUGGAUGCUUUUUUAGUCAGGAAUGCUAAUAAGGAUAUUUAAGUGUGCAUGUUCUAUGGAAACCAAGUACGAUCAAAUGAUGAACAAAAAAUAAAUACGAUGUUUUUCUUUUGUAUAGAACCAAGGCAAUAAUUCAUCACCUUCAAGAACACAUCAAAAAAUGAAAAACCAUUACGAUUUACCUACAGAAGAUUGGAAACUGACAUGCAAACUCUUACCAAAUUAUAAGAUCUUGUCUUCCCAUGAAUUCAAACGUUUACUCUGCAAAACUAUUCCAACGGAUCAUUAUCAGAUUCAACAAUGGUUAGCAAAUACUGAAAUGUUACAAUUCUCACAACAACUUGCUAUAUUCAUAUGUACUUCCUUUCAAUUGAAAAUCGAAGAUUAUUGGUACUACAUUGGCAAUUUAAACAUGCCUGUUGUGGCUUGGUUAUCAGAAGUAUCGAAAGAUGUAACAGAAAAAAAUUUCAUUAAUUGGGAUCAUUCGAAAACAAAACUAAAUAUUCAAUAUCAACAAAAUCUCAUUCGAAAUAAAUUACAACGGCUAGAAAUUAAUUUAUACAAUUAUUUACAACGAUAUUCAUCAAAUUUAAAAAUGAACGAUGAUAAAAUAUCUUUUUAACAAUGGAUGAAUAUCAUAUGCAAUGCUCUUUUUGUUCUCAUGCAGAAUGAUUUGCAUCAUUUCAAUACAAAUUUCGAACAGAAGAAAAUUUUAUUUACGUAUGAUAUCAAUGAUGCAAAUCUUGUCAAAUCAUUCUAUGAUUUAAAUCCAAUAGAAGAACAGGCGAAUAUUUUAUUUAGCCUAACUUUCUCUUAUUCUUAUUCUUCUCAUAGGUUUAUUCUACUCAACAAAUUUGGCGAUCAAAAUUAAGAGCAUGUGAGAAGGUUAUUAGUCAACAAAAGAAACGUUGGUCAAUGAGUGAUCAAGUUAUGGUUAAAGGAAUAAUUCCAGGUAAUCGUUCAAUAACAAAUAUGAAACAAAAUGAAUUCGACAAUGAUGGUAAUGAUCAAAAGAACCAAUUAUUAUAUAUGGAAUGCUUUCCUCCUUCAAUGCGUGCAAUUAUCCAAGCUCGUCUCGAUAAUAUCGAACAACGUGCUCAACAAAUUAUAAAAUUUAUUCAUGCUUCGUCUCAAGAAUAA